UCUGUUUAUCUCUUUGAGGGUACGAGUCAGUUGUUAGGUGUAAACUAGAUCUGUCGAAUCAGGAACGCUCAGCUGUUCGUGCCUAAAAUAAAGAGUUUAUUGUAUUAUAAUAACAGCGAGUUCGUAUUUGUUCGUUAUUUUUCGAUAUUAACUGAUUUUCGGGAUCUAAGAACAUCAGACCCCAGAAUAAUACUUGUUCGCAUAAUUCAGGGCAGUCUCGUAUUCAUUGCGGACAUCUUUAAUCAAGUGCGGAGUUUUGACUUCCAUUCGUAAUUAUUUUCAUCGAUAAUUUAAAUCAUCUAAACAAUGUCUUCUCGAGGAAAUUAUGAUCACAUUCUCACAACAAACUUUAAAGUUUAUAUUAAAGACGAAGAAUUAUUAGAAAUAAAAAAGAAUGAAAUGGAUAUGUGUAGAACCGUAAAAGAAAUUCGAUGGAUAAGACGCGAUUUAAAGGUACUAAAAGAACUAUUUCAUGCAAACCAAGUUCUUUCAUCCGAUCUUUCUGUAUUAAAUGAAAUUGCAAACAACAUAAACUCAUCAGACGAAACAUUACAAUUGACAGCAUUUCAAAUGUACAGAAAAUUAGGUCGAGAAAGGAAUACUGUGAAUGAUAUGAUAAAAGGUGGCAUCUUAUCACGCUGCAUUGAAUUUUUAGACAGCGACAACAUCUGCCUGCAAUUUGAAGUAAUAUCUUUAUUAACUGUUAUUACUUCGAGAGGAUUCGAAGAAUCGGAGAAUUAUAUAAAAUAUGAAGCAAUACCAAAAUUAAUGAAACUACUUAAGUCUACAUCUUCAAUUAUUGUCGAACAAACAGUUUAUGUGUUAGGAAAUAUAAUUGAUAUUCCCUAUGCACGUGAUCUUGCUUUUGAACAUGAUGCUAUAUCUGUUUUAGUUGAUUUAAUUAAACCUGAUACUUCAGUGACAUUCAUGGACAACAUCUCGUGGCUUUUAUCUAGUUUAUGUCUAAGGAAUCCACCUCUAAGUCUUGAAUUGAUUAAACCUCUUCUGCCAGUUUUUGAUCGUCUAUUAAAUAGUGAAAAUAACAACAUAAUCUCCGAUACCUGCCGGAUACUUUAUUACCUUACUGAUGGAGUUAACGAUAAUAUACAAGCGAUAAUGGAAACUGGCAUUCUACCGAAAAUUUUAGAUUGUUUGAUAUCGAAAAUGAAAAGUAUCUUUAUCCCAGCAUGGUUCACCGUAAGAAAUAUAGUGGUAAUGGGUGAUAAUACUCAAAGAGAUGCUGUCAUCUCUGCAGGAGGAUUGUUGCGUCUUCGUUCUUUGUAUUGGUAUUAUGCUAACUGUCAAGAUAUUAUUGCAAAGGAAAUUCUUUGGUUAAUUUGUAAAAUGGCAAGCAAUACGGACCAAAUCCAAAGUGUAAUAGAUGCUGGACUGUUAAUGGUACUGAUAAACGAAAUUCUAUUUAGAAAUGCAAAAGUAAUAGCCAUAUGGGCUAUGACUACUAUGAUAACGAAAGCAACAAUUCAACAGUUUAAUCAGUUUGUGAAUGCUGGUAUAUUACCAGCUCUUUGUAAUUUACUUCUCUCAAACGAUACCUAUAUUAUUAAUGCCUUAACUGGUCUGACUAAAAUCUUGCAUGCUGCAGAGAAAAUAGGACUAGUAGAAAAACUUACCAUUGUGAUAAAAAAAAUUGGAGGAUUAGAUAAAAUAGAAGCUCUUCAACAUCAUAAGAAUGAGAAAGUUUAUAAAAAAUCUUUGGCCAUAAUAAAUGUUUUUUUUAAAAAGACCGAGCCAGAACUUCCAAGUUUAUUAACAAAAGCCAUUGUUCCAUCUUUUCUUUUAAAUGAAACUAUACCUAAAAUUGUACAAGACCUGCCACUAUUAUCAGACAAAGCAUUACACAUAUUGGCAAUUCAAGUUUAUAGCAAAUUAUUUAAUUCAAAAACAAAGUCUUUUGCAAGUGAUAUCGUAGAAAGUGACGUAUUACCACGCUGUAUUGAGCUCUUAGAUAGUGACAAUUUUGUCUUGCAAGUUGAAUUAAUAUCUUUGUUAACUGCUGUAACCACGAAUAUAUUUUCCAAAGAAGCGCAGUAUGUUAUAAAAAAUGGAAUAAUAUCAAAAUUAGUGAAGCUACUUAAGUCUUCAUCUUCUAAUGUUGUGGAACAAGCAGUGCAUUCUUUAGGAGUUAUAAUCAAAGAUAGACCAUAUACACGUGAUCUUGCUCUUGAACAAAAUGCCCUACCUUCUUUGGUCGACUUAAUUAAACCUGAUAUCCCAACAGGAUCUAUUUGCAACAUUGUAAGGACUUUAACUUAUUUAUGUGAAAAAUCGGAUUCGGCUUUAUCUCUUGAAUUAAUUAGGCCUGUUCUACCAAUAUUUAAUUACCUAUUCAAUAGUGGAAAUCAAGAUUACGUGAAUCCAGAAUUACGUUCCAAUACUUGCAAGAUGCUCUCUUACAUUACCUAUAAAUCCAACCAUAACAUACGAGCAAUAUUGGAAACUGGCAUUCUAUUGAAAAUUUUUGAAUGUCUGACAUCGAAGGAUGAAAAUAUUCUUAUCCCAGCGUUGCGAACAAUUAGAAAUAUAGUAGGAAUGGAUGAGCCGGCUGAAUCGGAUGCUUUAAUUUUAGCGGAUUGUUUGCCGUAUUUUUGUUCCUUGUUGCAAAAUUAUCGUGCCAAUCAAAAUAUUACAAAGGAAAUUGUUUCGAUUAUCUUUGGAAUGAUUAAUAACAUGAAUCAAGUUCAAAAUGUGUUAGAUGCUGGUCUGUUACCACCAAUGAUAAAAAUAUUUGUGUUUGGAAAAGGAAUGGUUCGAAAGAUGACUGAAUGGAUCUUAAUGGAUUUAAUCUCGCGUGCAACAAGUCAACAUCUGACCGAAUUAGUAAAUGCUAAUAUACUGUUAGCUCUUUCUAGUUUAUUGGGAGAGAAGAAUCAUAAGCAUAUUAUUAGUGCUUUAAAUGGUCUAAAUAAUAUCUGGGAUGUUGCAGAGAAAGUAAAACAAAGAGAAAAACUUGUCACUACAUUCAAAGAAGCUGGAGGAUUAGAUAAACUGAAAGCUCUUCAAUAUCAUGAACAUGAAAUAAUUUAUGAAAAAUCUAUGAUUAUGAUUAGCUCAUUGUUUUCUUAA